AUGAAUACCCUCAACAACGUCAUCCGAUUCAAUGCUGAAGCAGCUGGACUUAUUCUAUCUGGCAGGUACACCAAUGCCAUCACCAUUCUGUCGAGUUCCUUGCAAUGCCUUAAAGGGGCAAAGAGACAACGCGGCCGAGGAAAACAAUCUUCGCAUGCUUCCGAAAUUGGCACAACGUCGUGUCUAUCAUCCUCGGUUUCGGCACCAUCGUUGAGUACCGUAUCAUCACUAAAUAUUCCAGCACAAUCACAAAGAUCGUCUGGAUACAUCUUUCGAGAACCAAUCAUUGCCUGUGGUGAUGUGGACGACACACCCGCCAAGUCUCGCCAACGAAUGGUGGCCAUUGUCCUCUACAACCUCGCACUAGCCCAUCAUUUGCAAGGUCUCCGAGUCCAGAAGGACUCUGCAUCCUUGAAAGCUACAUCCCACCUCCAAACGGCACAGAGUAUGUACGAGGCCUGCUUGAAGAUUCAAAUCAAGCACCAAUUUGAUUUGGGUGACUUUUACAAGCUAUUGGUCCUUCCCAACAAUAUCGGUCAGGUUGCCAUGGCUUUGGGCAAGACUCAAAGCGCCAAAGGAUACAUGACGUUUUUGGCCAAACAGUUGGAUCAAUUCCUUCAAUCUCCCAGCUUUCCGUGUCGGGAAACCGAAAUUGAAGAGUUUCUAAACAACACCAUCGGGCAGACGAAUCCAUUCGGGGCAACCCAAAUUGUGCCUUGCUAA